AUGAAGAAGAUCUUGGUUCAUGGAGUUAAGGAAAAGACACCAAUGGGUUUCUGCGAUGUCCCACGAAAAAACCUGUUGGACUUUUUACGCGAUAUGAAAAGCAUUUCUGUCCCAAACGAACCCAGAUACAAACCUCUCAGAAAGAUCCACCAGGCUGCAAGCGAGGGUGAUACAGAGAGACUACAGAAAAUGAUAAAUCUUGGUAAACACAGUGUGCAUGACAGAGACUUUAAGCAAAGGACUGCUCUCCAUUUUGCCUGUGCCUAUGGCCAUGUGGAAGUAGUAAGUGUUCUAUUGAGAAAUAACUGUGAUAUUGAUGCCGCUGACAGGAACUCCAUCACACCUCUGAUGAAGGCUGUUCAAAAUUGGACAUAUGAAUGUGUGUGUACAUUGUUGAAGCAUGGGGCUGAUCCAAACCAUAUGGACAAAAAUGGCAAUACUUCUCUCCACUACGCUGUGUCUGAAGAUAACCAGACACUGGCUAAAUGCUUGCUUAAAUACAGUGCAAACCUGGAACAAAAGAACAAGGAUGGCUUUACACCACUUUUGCUGGCUCUCAAGGAAAACAAAAUAGAGAUGGCGAAGUUUUUAGUAAAGAAAGGGGCAAAUAUACACGUAUUUGAUGAGAUGAAAAGAAACACACUUUUAUAUGCCAUAAGAUGGGACUCAAAAGAUAUGGUCAAUCUACUUUUGGAUGAAGGCAUUGACUUUUUCUUUAAAGAUGUAUUUGGGUGGACUGCAUUACGGUAUGCUAUUGAAGGCACAAGUAAAGGUAGCCGAGAGAUUCUCAUGAACUAUGAUGAAAAGUUACGUAGAAAAAAUAAAAAUGGCAUUCCAGAAUACAAGAAAUUUGAAGACAACUCGUUAGACAAGCACCCCAAUGAUCCUACUUCUGGAUCCAACUUGCCUAAAUCAAGUGAGAAUGCAUGUGAUUUUGAUUAUGAGCUGAAUAUUUCUAAGUGUGCUCUCACUACAUGUCCUAGUAACAUAUGUGGGGCUGGAGAUCAAGAAGACAAAAGUGAAGCAAAAGCAACAGUAGGUGUUCAAGUUUUGAAAAAUCCUGCCUUGAAGUCUUCCACUAAAGGGAAAGUGCCCAUUCUAAAUGAAGUCAGGACUAUGACAGAAUCACAUCACUUCAUAAUAGAAUCUGACUUAGAAAUUGAGUCACUGGAGGAAACAUUUUCAUAUGACAAUGAAGAUAAACAGUCAGUGAGUGAUGAUGGACAUUUUUCUGGAACACCUGGAUGGGAUCAAAAUGAUACAAAUAGACAAACUACAGCUCAAGAUUGCAUGUAUCCUAACUUGAAGAAAAUACCCAUUCUCAGUGAAGCAGGAAAAUUGGCUGAACCACCUCACUUCAUAAUAGAAUCAGAUUUGGAAAUUGAAUCUAUGGAAGAAACUCUGUCAUGUGACAGUGAAGGCAAGCAACUACUGUAUCUCCCACAAAUAGAUGGUAGCCAUUUUUCUGGAGCAGUAAAAGAAGGAGCAGAAAAUAAUUUAAAACAACAAAUAAAAGAUUCUGCAAAGAAAUAUCCAUACUUGAAGACAGUCAAUGAAAGGAAUCACCUCAUUCAAAAUAAACGUUCAGAAAAUAAGGAUGAAGAAACAUUAAACUCAGAACUAACUAUAGCAUCUACAUCAGAAGAAGAACAAGAAUGUCCUGAUUCCAGAGGGAAAAAACAACGGAUGCAAACUGGACCAACGGAUAUUGUUUAUUUAGUCACUGUUAAAAAUCAAAGAGAAGAAAAUAUGGGGAUGAGUCAAGAGAAAGCCUCUCCCGAGGAACAUCCUGAACCUCAGUGUAGCACUGAAAAGACAUAUUCCAUUGCAAAUGAAGAAUCAGAUACAAAUCAGGAGGACUCAUUGCAUGCAGAACAAGUUGUUGAACUGACAACAGAAAAAGAACAAAAAAAGGCAUACAACGACAGCAAGCAGUGCUUGAGUAUCUUUAAGCGACUUCGACCAAAGCGAAUUGGCUCUCUAUUCAUGACUAGAGAUAAAAGUGAAGAGAAUGCAAUAGCAGCUGAAGAGAAAGAGUUUCCCAAAGAAUAUGGUCAACUGAAGUCUACCACUGAAGAGGGAGAUUCAAUGCCAAAUGAUUCACGAGCAAAAACGAGUGCAAAGCCAUUACAAACAGAAUCAGCAGUGAUGUUCACAACUGAAAAGGGACAAAAGUGCCAAUUGGACAGUGAUAAAAACAACCAAGGGCAUAUGUUUAAGCAAUCCCAACCAAAAAUGACUUCACAUUUAUCUGUGACAGAAGGUCAAUAUGACGAAAGUACAAUAAAUGACCAAGUGAAAGCUUCAAUUAAUUGUAUGGAUUCACCACAAAAACCAGAUGUAAAAUCAAGAUUAGAGCAAGAACACAAAAGCCAUGGUAAUGGUGAAAAAUCCCAGCAUGAGCACAUGUUUAAGAUGCCUCGGCCUAAAGGUGCUGCACAUGUAUACUUUGAUCCUCUUGAACAAUAUUCUCAGUGUAAGGCUACCAAUGAAAGGAAAGACCAUGAUUUAGAUAGUAAUUCAUCAAUGAUGGGUGUAAAAACUUCCUGUGCAGAAGCAAAUUUAAAACUGAAAACAGAGGAAAAUCUUGAUGGUGAGAAAACUAGUCAAUCAUCUUUGUCAUUAGGAUUAACUUCAACACCAACAAAUAUGCUAAAUGGAGGAGGGAAAGGUUGUCAAAAGAAAUUUCUUGAAUGGAAGCCUCCCACAGAAAUGAAAGAUUCUGACUCAACAGAGGUGUCAGACAUGACGCCUGGACAAGAAUUUCCAGCAGAUAUAGACAUAAAACUGGAAACGGAGAGCCAAGAUUAUCUUGAUAGCAGUGAAAAUACUCAGUCAUCUAACACCAUCACAUCUCUUCAGUCUAAGUGCAUUCCUCAAUUCUCAGUUGGAAUAACUUCAGGAUCCACGAGUCUUCUAACUGAAGGAGAGCAAGCUUUUCAUAAGAAAAAUCCUGACUUAAAACCUACCCAGCAGCUCACUGGAAGUAAAGUUCUUGCUUCAUCUGAAGUAUCAGUGCUGAAGCAUAAACAAGAAUUCCCACCAGAAGCGUACUUACAAAUGAAAACAGAAGAAAGUCAGAAAAAUCUUGACAGAAAUGAAAACAUUCCAUCAUCUAAUGCUGUUAUACAACCAAAGCAAAUUCUUCAUGUACCAAUAAGACCAGCACUGAGACCCAUGAGUCUUCUCAAUGAAGGAAAGAAAGGUUUUCGUGAUAAGUAUCCUGAACAAGAGUCUUCCAUUGAAGAGAACUAUGUUUCCACUGACGAAUCAGCAGUGAAGUGUGGACAAGAGUUCCCAGCAGAAGCAGAUUGGGAAAUAAAAACAGAGGAUUUUCAGGAAAAUCUUGAUGACAAUGGAAGUAUCCAGUCAUAUAACUCUUUUACCUGUCUUCAACCGAGGCCUAGUCCUUAUUUGUCAUUAGGAUUAACUCAAAGACCACAGAUUUUUCUAGAUGAAGAAGGGAAAGGUUCUCACAAGAAGCAUCCUGAAUGGAAGAAAAAUCCAUCAACUGACAGAGAAAAUUCUCUUCCCCCUGAGUCGUCAGAGUGGAGGCAUGAACAAGAGCAUCCAUCCGAAGUGGACAUACAAAUGAAAGCAGAUGACAACUAUAAAAACCGUGAUGGACGCGAGAGUUCUCAGUCAACUUAUACCAUGUCUGAUCUACAGCUGUGCCAUGCACCGCCUUCAUCAGCACCCACGGAUCUUCUAAAUGAAGGAGGAAAAGAAGUCGAAUUAAAAGAUGAACCAGUGAAAAAUCAAAACAAUCUUGAGAGCAAUACCAAUAUUCAACCAUCUGAUAGUGUUAUGCGUCUUCCACCCAGCCAUAUUCUUCACUCAUCAGUGGGACUAAGUCCAACAUUCACAAAUCCUCCUAAUGCAGGAGAAGAAGAAGAUCUACAAAUGAAAUUGGAGGAAAAUCAAAGAAAAUUUGAUGGCAAUGAAAGCAUUCAAUUAUCUGAUAAUAUGAAGCACCUUCAACCGAGGCGAAUCCGGCAUUUAUUGAUGGGGCUCAUCCCAAGACCCAUGAAUAUUCUAAAUAGAAGAGGGAAAGGUAGUUUCUUUCACAAGAAAUGUACUCCAUGUAAGGAUCCUGUUGAAAUAAAAGAGUUUGAUACAAAUGCAAAAUUGGAAAGACAGGAAAGAAAAACAUUCACAUCAGUGAUGAUAGAAGAUGAUCAAAACCUGCGUGAUGGCAGCAAACAUAAGCAGCCACUGGUUGAAGCAACGAGGAAGAAAGAUAAAAGCAACGAAACAGAAGAUGCGACUCAAUCCUCUGGCUCUUCAUUAGCUACUACCGCUCAUGCUAUCUCUACUGCUUCCGUCGUUGCUGCUAUUGUUGCAGCAACCGUUGUUGCUGCAGCUGCUCCAGCUGCUGCAGUUGCUGCUGCCUCUGCUGCCGUAGCUGCAGUUGUUGCUGCCACUGCUCCUGCUGCUGCUGCAGUUGCUUCUGCCACUGUGGCUGUUGAUGCUCUUGCUGAUGUUGCUCCUGAGGCUGCACUUGACAGUUCUGCUGUACCUGUUGCUGCUGCGACUGCUGCCGUUGCUGCUGCUGUUCCUGCUGCGGCUGCGGCCGGUGCCCCAGAUGCGGCCCCUGCUGUGGUUUCUGCUGCUGCCGCUGCGGCUGCUGCCGCUGUUGCAGUGACUUCAGUGGCUGCUGCUUCUCUCACUGCUGUUUCUGCUGCUUCUGUUGCUGCGGUGGUUGCUGUUGCUGUCACUGCAGCAGCUGGCUCCGAUGCUCCCACUGUUGCUCCUGCUACUGCUGCUGUUGCUGCUGUUGCUGCUGCUACUGGUCCUGCGGCUGCUGCUGCUCUUGUGGCUUCUGUUGCUGCUACUGCUGUCACACCUUGUGUUCCUCCUGCUGCUCCAUCGUCAGCUGCAGCCCCUUCUACUGUUGCUGCUGCUACUGCUGCUGCUGCUGCGGUUGUUACUUAUGCUGCUGCUUCACCUGCUGUAGCCGCUGCUGCAGCAGCAGCUGUUGCUAUCGCUGUUUCUGUUCCUACAGGUGCUACUGCUGCUGUUACAGCUGUAGCAUCUUCCGAUACUCCCACUGCUGUACCCGCUGCUGCUGCUGCUGCUGCAGCUGCUGCUUCUACAAAACGAAGACCCAGUCCACAAAGAAAGUAUGUGAAGGAGAGAAGGCAGCAAUCCCCUGUUGAGGAAGCAGAGGAGCAAGAUGGGUUCAAAAUGACAAUAUCUACAAAAAAAGUCCUAAGGCCAGUAAAAGACAGACAUGAUCUUAAUACAAUGAUUCCAGUAACUGAAUCAUGCUCAGCAGAAUAUCUUGAUAGCCCCUUAAAAAGUAUACCUGCCCUUGAUUCAUAUAAAGAGUUAUUAGAGCUUAAAGAAAUCAAUAUUCAGAUACUCACUGAAAAAACUAAAGUGGAAAAUGAAUUAUCUGAAGUAAAAGAAGAGAACUCACAGUUGGAGAAAAAAAUUCUAAGAAAGAAUGAAAGAAUCUGUACUCUGAGAUCAAUCAUAAAAGAACAAAUGGAGAAAAAGAGAAAUGUAAUUUUUGCUUAUAAUGAGGUUGUGGAGGAACUGAGAGAUAAAGAAGAGAUGAUACAGAAAAGCGGAGAACAAUACAACAGACAAGUUUCAGAGACACAAGAGCUUGAAAUAUGUCUGAGAACAAGAGAUGUAGAGUUGAAGCAGCUAAAAAAAGAAAAAGAACAUGCACAGAAGAUGGAAGAUCACCUACAAAUAUUGGAACUAGAAAACACCUCGUUAAUAGCGACAGUAAAGAAACAAAAAGAGGAAAUUGAACAACUGCAAAGAUGUGUGCAAAAUCCGCUCAAAAACCUGGCACGGAGUACCAAUUCUACAGAGACAGCGGCUCAGGAAAAUCAGAACAUGUGGAAUGACCACACUACAGUAAUAACUGAGAUGGAAAACACAAUCAAAAGUCUGAAGUCUGAAGUCUCUAGUGUUAAAAUUUCCAAAGAAUUCAGCAAAAGAGAACUGGAAAAAUAUAAGCGAUUCUAUCUAGCAGAACUAAGAAAUAAAAACUUCUUAUUGCAUGAGCUAAACAGGACUAAUGAGAGUCGAGAACAGUCCCAUACAGAACUUCACAUGAAAUUUCAACAAAACAUUUCUGCAUCAAACACCCUGAAUACAAGGCUUGUUCAUGAGUGCUCUUGUGUGGAAAAAACCCACGAACUGGAAAACAAAGAUUUCCUCCCAGGGGAAAACUUGGUGUUGCCUUCCUCAAGCACAGAAUCAACUCAGGUCUGCAUGGCACACUACCCAUGGACGUCUGAAGAUGACGUGAGAGACCUAAGCAAAGGACUCAGUGACUUAAAACAAUCUAUUCAACUUAGUUUGGAGACUCAGCAAAAACAAGAUCAUGAAGUAGAUAAAGAACUAGUUGGAAUUGGGAAAUCCUUUAAGAUGACAGAUCGUAGACAUGAAAUUGGAGAAUGUGGUUCUCAUGGAGAUUUUGAAACCUGCCAACUUGGAAUUAGUACUCCGGCUACAAUGCCAGGAUGCUUGGCACAAGCAACAAGUAAACCUUAUUCAGAAUUCUUGAAGGAGAGCUAUACAACUUCAACAAUAAAUGCGAUGGAAACCAAAAUUAGAAGCCUUAAAUCUACACUCUCUAAACUGAAAGUGAGCAGAGCAUUACGUGUAUUAGAACUGGAACGCUAUAAGUACCUCUAUUAUGAAGAAUUAAGCAUUAGAAAAUCAUUUCAAUAUUACUUAAACAAGAGUAAUGAAAAUUCAGAGAAGAACAAGUCAAAGCUGCAGGAGGAAAUACAGCACAGCAGCUCUGCAGUGAAUGCAAAAAGCAUGAGGCCUCUGACCGAGUGCUCUUCUGCUGGCUGUUUUGACAGCAUCCCAGGACCUGAAAAGUCUUAUUCUGAGAGAAAACCAGACGGCAUCUUCCUCAAACUCUCAACCAUCAACAAGUGGCUUGGAAGACUGCCUGAAAAUGAUGCAACAAGUGUCCCAAUAGAUUUAUGGAGAAGCAAAUAA